GUUACAAAGGAUUCUCACUGGAAAAAAAAAAAAAAAACUGAAGCAGCACUUAUUCACAAUCCUUGAAUCCCUGGUUGCCAUGAUUUCUGCAGCUGAUGUCUAUCAUGUGGUGACAGCCACAGUUCCAUUAUAUUUUGCCAUGAUAUUGGCGUACAUCUCUGUGAAAUGGUGGAAGCUCUUUACACCAGAUCAGUGUGCAGGCAUAAACAAGUUUGUUGCCAAAUUCUCAAUCCCAUUAUUAUCAUUCCAAGUUAUCUCUGGUAUCAAUCCAUACAAAAUGAACCUGAAACUUAUAUUUGCCGACUUUCUUCAAAAACUACUUGCCCUUUCAGUGCUCACAGCACUCGCCAAAAUCAGCUCUCGCGGACGGUUGAAUUGGAUCAUCACUGGUCUCUCCCUCUCAACAUUGCCCAACACUUUGAUUCUGGGGAUUCCACUUUUGAGGGCUAUGUAUGGGGCUGAGGCAGAGCCACUUCUUUCACAGAUAGUUGGCCUGCAAAGCCUAAUUUGGUACAAUUUGUUGUUGUUUCUGUUUGAGCUCAAUGCCACCAAGGAAGCCACUGUGGCACCAUCUUCAGAAUCCACAGGGGAUCUAGAGGCUCUUCAAGAAGCACAACACAAAGAAGAUGAGGGAGUGCAAAGAAGAACAAGGAAAGUCAAAGCCAUGGUCAUUCUUUUGACGGUGGGGAGGAAGCUAAUGAGCAAUCCAAACUUUUACGCUACCUUGGUGGCUCUUAUCUGGGCAAGCAUACACUCUCGGUGGGGAGUGAACUUGCCGGACAUUGUUGAUAAAUCCGUGAGGAUAUUGUCAACAGGAGGGCUUGGUAUGGCAAUGUUCAGCUUAGGUCUAUUUAUGGCAUCGCGGCCCAGCAUAAUAGCAUGUGGAAUCCGAAUGGCAAUGGUAGCCAUGGCAAUGAAGUUCAUCGUAGGGCCUGCUCUAAUGGCAGUCGCUUCCAUUGCUGUUGGACUAAAGGGAACAGUGCUCAAAGUGGCAAUGGUGCAGGCAGCUCUUCCUCAAGGGAUCGUUCCAUUCGUCUUUGCAAAAGAGUACAACGUUCAUCCGGAUACAUUGAGCACAGGGGUAAUAUUUGGCAUGCUCAUUUCCAUGCCGAUAGCAUUGGCCUACUACUCCUUGUUAGCAUUGUAAGAAUCCAAUGGGAAUUUACACAAGAAAGCUGCAGAAGCAGUGACUGUUCAACCUAUGUCACAGUUCAGUAAAGGAUAUCACAGUGUUGAAGAUGAAUCAUAGAAGUCUGUCCCGUCCAGUUUGUUCAAUUUUCUUGGACAUCUAUAUCAAGAACAUGUUAAUUUACAAAUUAGAAAAAAGUUAUCAAGGCUAUUCUAAUAAUCAAUCUGUAAAUUAUAUAUUAACUGCAUUCAAUUGUGAUUAACAGCGUGGAAAACAAACCUGUACAGUUAUGAAAAUAUAUAUGAGAGAAUGGUUGGACAUCACCAACCUUUUCA